UCUGUCCCACUGUUUGCCAUUCCGACGCACGUCCCCUACCGAAGCGCAACAGCUACGCGGAGUUGCCCCCGAGCGGACUUCCACCGAACCUUCGACACCUCCCCCGGGAAGCGGGUUUCCCCCUCCACCUUUACUCGCGUGGGGAGGGGAGAGAAGAUGCGCGUCCGUGGAAUAACCGGACGUUAAUGACCAAAAAAAAAAAAAAAAAAAAAAAAAAAAAAAACAACCUGAAAGACACCUGCUCGUGUCCGUGGACGAUGCCGGGAACGAGUGAGUGACAGGCGGGGGAGAGGAACACAAAGCUCCGCUGCGGUGAUCCCAGUUUCCAUCCCUUCCCCGGAGGUCCACGGCGAGCAUCUUUCUCCAUGUUGCAAAAAUGACAAUGGAUUACUUGCUGUGGAUGUGCAGCUUCAUUGUGCCCGUGGUGCUGGCUGUUGAAGAGACCCUCAUGGACAGUCGGUGGGCGACCACAGAGCUGGCCUGGACUACGUUCCCAGAGAGCGGGUGGGAGGAAGUCAGCGGCUAUGAUGACUCCAUGAGCCCGAUCAGGACCUACCAGGUGUGUAAUGUCCGACAGCCCAACCAGAACAACUGGCUCAGGACGGACUACAUCCCCCGCAGGGGCGUGCUGCGAGUCUACGUGGAGCUCAAGUUCUCCGUACGUGACUGCGCCAGCAUCCCCAACAUCCCCGGCUCCUGUAAAGAGACGUUUAAUCUGUUUUACUACGAGUCCGACGGGGACGCCGCCACAGACGCCAGCCCCCUGUGGAGGGAGAACCCUUACGUGAAAGUGGACACCAUCGCCCCAGACGAGAGCUUCUCCCUGCUGGAAGCCGGCAGGAUCAACACCAAAGUGCGGAGCUUCGGGCCGCUCUCCAAGGCCGGCUUCUUCUUGGCCUUCCAGGACUUUGGCGCCUGCAUGUCGCUCAUCUCCGUCAGGGUCUUCUUCAAAAAGUGCUCCACCACUAUCGCUAAUUUUGCCGUCUUCCCGGAGACCGCAACCGGCGCCGAAGCUACGUCCUUAGUCAUCGCCCCGGGGGCCUGCGUGACCAAUGCCAUGGAGAUGUCCGUCCCGCUCAAGCUGUACUGCAACGGCGAUGGCGAGUGGAUGGUUCCAGUGGGUGCCUGCACCUGUGUCGCUGGUUUUGAACCCACUGCAGAUCGGACCCAAUGCCAAGCUUGCAUCCCUGGGACUUUCAAAUCCAAAUUCGGGGACGGAUUCUGUGCCGCGUGCCCGUCUAACAGUCGCACAAGUGCCCGAGGAGCCAGUAUUUGUCCCUGCCAGAGUGGUUUCUACCGAGCUGAUAGCGACCCACCGGACACUGCCUGCACCACCAUCCCGUCAGCCCCCCGCAACGUAAUAUCCAGUGUCAACGAGACCUCGCUGUCGCUGGAGUGGGAGGAGCCUGAGGACACCGGUGGAAGGAGCGACCUGGUGUAUAACGUGGUGUGUAAGAAAUGCCUGCGAGACCGCAGUCCUUGCACGCGCUGCGACGACAACGUGGACAUCUCCCCCCGGCGGCUGGGGCUGAGGCAGAAAAAGGUGGUGGUGAGGAACCUGCAGGCUCACACCCGUUACAGCUUCGAGGUGCAGGCGGUCAACGGCGUCUCCGGGAAGAACCCGGCUUCUCCGCGGUACUCCACGGUCAACAUCACCACCAACCAGGCCGCGCCGUCAGCAGUGCCGACGGUCCACCUGAUGCGUUCCACGGCGGACACCUUGAGCCUGUCUUGGCUGCCCCCCGAGAAGCCCAACGGGGUCAUUCUGGACUACGAGAUUAAAUACCACGAAAGGGGCCAGGCUAUGUCGCACACUGUGACAUCCCAGCACAGCUCGGCCAAGGUGGAGGGUCUAAGGUCUGCUACGCCCUACGUGGUGCAGGUCAGAGCGCGCACCGUCGCAGGAUACGGACGCUACAGCAACCCCAUGGACAUCAGCACCAACCUGCACAGUGACCCUCAGAAGUCUGUGCAGGACCAGCUGCCUCUCAUCAUUGGCUCAGCCUCUGCAGGGUUGGUGGUCAUUGUUGCUUUGGUGGUGAUCGCUGUUGUCUGCCUCAAGAAGCAGCGCAGCGGCUCUGAGCUGGAGUACACAGAGAAGCUGCAGCAGUACAUUUCUCCAGGGGUAAAAGUGUACAUCGACCCUUUCACCUACGAGGACCCCAAUGACGCCAUCCACGAGUUCGCCAAAGAGAUAGACAUCUCCUGCAUCAAGAUCGAGGAAGUCAUCGGCGCAGGUGAGUUUGGCGAGGUGUGUCGCGGGCGGCUGAAGCAGGCCAGCCGCCGGGAGAUGGUCGUGGCCAUCAAGACCCUGAAAGCCGGCUACACGGAGCGCCAGAGGCGGGACUUCCUUGCCGAGGCGUCCAUCAUGGGCCAGUUCGACCACCCCAACGUCAUCCGGCUGGAGGGUGUGCUCACACGCAGCUGCCCCGUCCUUAUCAUCACAGAAUUCAUGGAGAACGGCGCGCUCGAUUCCUUCCUCAGGCUGAACGACGGCCGAUUCACGAUGACACAACUGGUCGGGAUGCUGCGCGGCAUCGCAGCAGGAAUGAAGUACCUGUCGGACAUGAACUACGUCCACAGAGACCUCGCGGCUCGCAAUAUCCUGGUCAACAGUAACUUGGUGUGCAAGGUCUCAGACUUCGGCCUGUCACGCUUCCUGGAUGACACUUCUGCCGAUCCUACUUACACGAGCUCACUGGGAGGGAAAAUUCCCAUCCGGUGGACGGCGCCAGAGGCCAUUGCCUUCAGGAAGUUCACCUCUGCCAGUGACGUGUGGAGUUAUGGCAUCGUUAUGUGGGAGGUGGUGUCGUAUGGAGAGAGGCCAUACUGGGACAUGAGCAACCAGGACGUGAUGACAGCAGUAGAGCAGGACUACCGGCUGCCCCCGCCCAUGGACUGUCCCAUGGUGCUGCACCAGCUCAUGUUGGAGUGCUGGAUGAAGGAGCGCAACCUGAGGCCCAAGUUCUCGCGUAUCGUCAACACCUUGGACAAGCUGUUGCGCAACGCCGGCAGCCUGAAGGUGGUGACCAGCACUUACUCAGGGGACCUGCUGAGGCUGGGAGGAACGUUGCCGGGACACAACAGGAAAAGCCCGGACAGCAGCGAGGAAAUCGUCCGGCAACAAAUGAGCCAAACGCUCCCCAUCAGAGUGUAAGCCUGCAGAAGAAAAGACGUGAAUAAAACUACCUAGAAACUCUGGAUGUAAAAUAAAGGAAGAUAUAAAAAAAAAAAAAAAAGAAGAGGGGAAGCUCCUUUCACACAGCAAGGACCACUCGGAAUACUCUGUAUGAGCGCCCGGAGACUUCAUGUUAAAAGACUGCCUUCCAUUGCAGUGUGUGUGUGAAUGUGUGUGUGUGUGUGUGUGUGUGUGUGUUCUUCAUUCAUGUGGUUUUGUGACUGUUGCCAUGAAGCCAAACGUCUUAUGGGCCCUCUCAGGUUGUGUUUGCAUGUCUGCAUGUGUUUUCCGCCGCUUGGGAACCAGCGAGCUCGCCGAGGAAAAGGGGGGGGCCCGCGCGCUCACACGGACGGAACGGAGCGAGGGUCUAGAAGGAUCCGACAGUGCCAAGAUUUUAAGACCGCCUCACAUCUGUACUCGAUGUCUUUUUACUCCUUCUCUUCCUGUUACGCUUCUCUUUUUUCUUUGGGAAGGGGACAAAACGAAAAAAAAAAAAAAGAAGCCGCUUCCUCUUCUUAUACCGUCUUCCACAUGGGAGAAUUCCGUGUUCUGAUUGUGUACAAAAAGCAUCCGAGUCUUCACACGGUCUCUCCCGGACCAGAGGAGCCAUGGACUGACAGACACUGUGCCGGACACGUCACGUGCAUGCCAAAGUGGAGCGCCCUGUCUUACUCAUUUCUAUCACAUGCAUUGUUUACAAUGCUAAUUUAUGAAUUUGUGCUUCUUUUUUUUUAUCAAGGACUUUUUAUUACUAUUUUUUUUUUUUUGGAGUGGAAUUCAGACAGAACCUUUAAAAAAAUAAGGACCGGGAAGUAGAGGCUUUUAUUUCUUUGGAAAACGUGUCUCAGAUCAGUGUACGCCCUUCAGAUUUUUGGCUUAAAGUAUCCCACAAUGCAUUGCCAGCUAUUAGGAUAAGAAGUCCCUUUGUUGUUAUAAAGGCGCAAACAGCCGUGAUUGACAAGAUUGACAAGUCCAUACUUGCCAACCCUCCCGGAUUUUCCGGGAGACUCCCGAAAUUCAGCGCCUCUCCCGAAAACCUCCCGGGACAAAUUUUCUCCCGAAAAUCUCCCUGUGUCCGCUUUCCCACAAUAUAAACAGCGUACCUGCCCAAUGACGUUAUAACUGUAGGAUGAUGGAGGGCGAGUUCUUGGUUUUUUUAUGUGGGUUUAUUGUUAGGCAGUUUCAUUAACGUCCUCCCAGCGCGGUAACAACACACAACAACAGCAGUCACGUUUUUCGUCUACCGUAAAGCAGUUCGUCUGCCGUAAACAGCAAUGUUGUGACACUCUUAAACAGGACAACACUGCCAUCUAGUGCAUUUGAUGACAGCACUUUUGUGCGUGCCACACAACAAUGCAUCAGCAUGGUUCGAAAAAUAGUGACAGAGAAUAGAGCAAGGAUGGACAAUUCAACCCUUAACUCAACAAUGAGUAGAUGAGUGUUAUGUGUGUGUAUAUGUGUAAAUAAAUGC